UUGAUCAUAGAUAUAGCAUAAACACCACUAGCUUGAUAGUCUCAGUCGGUACGUGACCUGGACCGCGCGCGGUCCACAGCGGAGGAAACCGGUUAGAACGGGAAACGGGCAACAUGGCGCUCAUGACGUUUUGCUUUUUGGCGGUAAUAUUCAGUCUGCUCCAGCAAGGUCUGGCCAUAACAUGCUACCAAUGCAACAGCCACAACGACUCCAGAUGCCUGUUGGACAAGUUGCCCGACUCCCUGAGACUGCCCUGCGGUCCAAAGGACACGAUGUGCAGGAAGAUAUCACAAGUCGUGGAGUUCGAGAUGAAUGGCAUGCCACCAGACAGCCGUGUUAUAAGAGGCUGUGGGUGGGAUGAGAGCAGCUACAAGGGCCGUUGCUACCAACGCUCAGGUUUCGGAGGUAGACAGGAGGUAUGUUCGUGUUUAGAAGAUGGCUGCAACUCUGCCUCCGUGCCAGUCGGGGCCACCGCCCUCAUGCUUCUCACAUUCGCUUUACUAAGAUUCUAAGCAUACAAAAAAAUUAAAUAGAGUGUAUGUAUACAAAAUCGUUAUAUGAGAA